GUUCCGCUCAAUCAUGGCGGACGACUACCCUACCAUGUUCCACUCGGAACAGAUGAGCCUCAUCCAGCUCUAUAUCCCGACAGAAGUCGCGCACGACUCCACCCAUGAGCUCGGAGAACUCGGAAAUGUCCAGUUCAAAGACCUCAACCCGAACGUGAACCCGUUCCAGCGCUCGUUCGUGGGCGAAAUCCGCCGCACGGAGGACAUGGCGCGCCGCAUCCGCUUCUUCACCUCGCAAAUCGAGAAGGAGAAGGACGUCAUUCCCGUGCGCCCGCUGUACGACUCUGCGCCCCUCGUCGCGGUCGGCCCCAGAGCGGCGCAGACGAUCGACGAGCUCAAUGUCACCCUCGCGGAGCACGAGACGCGCCUGAAUCAGAUGAACGACAGCUAUAAGACGCUUAGCGAGCGCACGAGGGAGCUCGUCGAGGCGAGGUAUGUGCUGCGCGAGACUGCGGGGUUCUUCGAGCAGGCUGAGGGUCGUCACACUGAGAUUCGCCAGUCGCUCGAUGAUAGUACGGCUCCUCUGCUGCAGCAUGAUGAUCGCGAGAACCAGUUCUCCUCGUCCAAUGUUCAGUUUGACCUCGAAUUUGUCGCUGGUACUAUCGACCGCGCUCGUGUCCCGACUUUCGAGCGCGUUCUCUGGCGCGUUCUUCGCGGUAACCUUUACAUGAAUCACAUCGACAUCGCGGAGCCCUUCGUCGACCCUUCUACCGGAGCCGAGACUCGCAAGAACGUGUUCAUUAUCUUUGCUCAUGGCGACGCCCUCCUCGCCAAGAUUCGCAAGAUUUCCGAGUCUAUGGGUGCUACGCUCUACCCCAUUGACUCUAACGCCGAUAAGCGUGCGGAGUCUCUGCGUGAGGUCACUUCGCGUCUUGAGGAUCUCGAGGUCGUUCUCUACAACACCGGUGCCAACAGGCGUAGCGAGCUGCUGCGCAUCGGCGAGAACCUCUCCAAGUGGCAUGACGUCGUUCGCAAGGAGAAGCUCAUCUACGAGACGAUGAACCUGUUCAACUACGAUGCACGUCGCAAGACCCUGCUUGCUGAGGGUUGGUGCCCCACCCGGGAUAUCACCACGAUCCAGCUGGCGCUGAGGCAUGCGACGGAGGAAUCUGGCACAAGCGUCGUCCCGAUUCUGCAGGAGUUGCGCACGAAGAAGACUCCUCCGACGUUCAACCGAACGAACAAAUUCACUGAAGGCUUCCAGACGAUCAUGGACAGUUAUGGCAUCGCGACGUAUCAGGAAGCCAACCCGGGUCUAUUUGCCGUCGUCACUUUCCCUUUCCUGUUCGCUGUCAUGUUCGGCGACAUUGGCCAUGGUAUUAUUAUUGCCGUCGCCGCGCUAUACAUGAUUUUGCGCGAGCGUCAGUGGGCGAAGGCAGAUCUCGGCGAGAUAGUGGGCCAGUUCUUCUUUGGACGAUACAUCAUCCUCAUGAUGGGCAUCUUCUCGAUCUACACCGGAUUCAUGUACAAUGAUAUCUUCUCCAAAGCCCUCCACCUCGGCCACUCUGGCUGGGACUGGCCUGAAGGCAACGUGACCGGUACGAUCACCGCGGUGUCCAAUGGCCACGUUUACCCCUUCGGUUUGGACCCCGCCUGGCAUGAGGCAGACAAUGGGCUCGUUUUUAUGAAUUCAUACAAGAUGAAGAUGGCCGUCGUCCUCGGUGUGAUUCAUAUGACCUUCGCGCUCUGCAUGCAGGUUCCUAAUGCCAUCCGGUUCAACCGCAAGACCGACAUCUGGACGGUGUUUGUGCCGCAGAUGCUGUUCCUCCAGUCCAUCUUCGGUUAUCUGGUCAUCUGUAUUCUCUACAAGUGGUCCAUCGAUUGGACGAAGGCGUCCACUCAGCCUCCAUCGCUUCUUAACAUGCUGAUCAGCAUGGUGCUUUCUCCGGGAACGAUCGAACCUGAGUCGCAGCUCUAUCCCGGACAGGGUUUCGUUCAGGUGGUGCUGCUCCUCAUUGCAGUCGUGUGCGUUCCAUGGAUGCUCUGCACGAAGCCCUACCUGCAAUGGAAGGAGCUUCAGAAGACGCAUGGUCAGGGUUAUGUCGGAUUGGGCAACGAUGAAGACCACGCUCCUUUGCGCGCCAGCACCGAUGAGCAUCUGGAAGGGGAGGAAGAGGGCAAUGGGCGAGUUAUUGUGGAGGAAGCGGACGAAUCGGAACAUCACGACUUCGGCGAGGUGGUGAUCCAUCAAGUUAUCCACACUAUUGAGUUCUGUCUCGGCUGCAUCUCGCACACGGCGUCGUACCUGCGUCUGUGGGCGCUGUCGCUGGCGCACGCGCAGUUGUCCGAGGUGCUGUGGGACAUGACGAUGAGCAAGGUGGAAGGGCUCGGUGGAAUCAUCGGGAUCAUCGCGAUGAUCUUUGUGACUGUGCUGUGGUUUGUUUUGACGGUGGCGGUCUUGUGUAUCAUGGAGGGACUGUCGGCGUUUUUGCACGCCGUCCGGUUGCACUGGGUGGAAGCCAACAGCAAGCACUAUGAGGGGUCUGGUUAUGUGAGUGCAGUGCCUUCCUUUUGCCUGCUGGCGAUGUAUUUGUGUUGAAUGAUGCGCACGUGUGCUGACUAAAUGGACAGGCGUUCACUCCGCUGAGCUUCGCAAAGAUGGACGAGUAGAUUAAUGG